AUGAAUAAGGCAAUAUUAUUAUUCUUAUUAUUUCUAUUGAUAAUCAAAUGUCAAUGUGAAAAUAGUCGAUCACUAUUCCUAAGAAAAUUUCCUGGUAUAAAAUAUAUAUGUAAUGAAUCAAGUUGUUCUCCUUCUACUAUUAUAUUUGGAAAAAAUCAAGUACAAUGUGAAAUAUCUUGUUUAAAUGAAUUACAAUGUUAUCUUUUAACUUUUGAUUUAUCUAAUAAUCAAUGUGAAAUAUUUUCAAAUAUUUCAAUAGAUUAUGGAAAUUUAAUUCAACAACAAAAUGUUAUAACAAUGAUUACUCUUAAUAAUGAACAAUUAUUCUACUCUAUGUUAAGUAAUACAACAAAAGCAUCAAAGUACGUUACAAAUUAUUUUAUUAAAAAAUUUUCAAAUUAA